AUGGCUGCCGUCGAUGGCAUGACGACGAUGACAACGACGACUACGGAGCCGAUCGGUAUUUCGAACCUGCCGAAUCAGCGUCACCGUAUUUCGUCCCGCAAUGUUGCCAACUUUACGUUGAUGGUAGUUGGCGAAAGUGGUACUGGUAAGACGACAUUGAUCAACACACUCUUCCGCACCGAGCUGGCCAGCCCGAAGAACUACGCACAGCGUCACACGGCGCAGCUCGACAAGUCCGUCGAUGUGGAUGUGAUCCAUGCCGAGCUGGAAGAGAAGCAGUUCCGUGUGAACCUAACGAUUAUCGACACGCCUGGCUUUGGUGACUUUGUGAACAACCGCGACUGCUGGGCGCCGCUGGUUGACUUUAUUGACGACCAGUACGAGGCGUACAUGCGCCAGGAACAGCAACCGGUGCGCAAGCAGAUGGUUGACCGCCGUGUGCACGCAUGCCUGUACUUCAUUGCUCCGACGGGUCAUACGCUCAAGCCGCUGGAUAUCGAGACGAUGAAGCGUCUCUCGACCCGUGUCAACCUGAUUCCUGUCAUUGCUAAGGCCGAUACACUGACCCCGCGCGAUCUGGCCAUCUUCAAGGAGCGCAUUCGCGAGGUCAUUCGCCUGCAUGGUAUUCGCGUGUUUGCGCCGCCGGUCGAUGCGAUUGACGAGGCCAGUGCAGAACACGCUCGCUCCCUCAUGGCGUCGAUGCCUUUCAGCAUCAUCGGUAGCAACAAGGAUGUGCGCACCCGCGAUGGCCGUGUUGUGCGUGGUCGUGAAUACCUCUGGGGUGUGGCCGAGGUCGAAAACGAGCACCACUGCGACUUUAAGAAGCUUCGCUCGCUCCUUAUCCGAACACACAUGCUCGACUUGAUCACGAAUAUGGAGGAGCUGCACUACGAAAACUACCGCCAGACGCAGAUGGAGACGCGCAAGUUCGGCGAGCCGAAAGUGAAGAAGGUGGAGAACCCGCGCUUCAAGGAGGAGGAAGAAGCGCUGCGCCGCAAGUUUACCGACCAGGUGAAGCUCGAGGAAGGCCGCUUCCGCCAGUGGGAACAACACCUGAUCGCCGAGCGCGAUCGUCUAAACAAGGACUUGGAGACAGCGCAUGGUGCGAUCAAGCAGCUCGAGGCGGAGAUCGAGGCCAUGCAGAUGUCGGCGCGUGCGCCAAGGAGGUAA